AAUCAAAACAAUCUGCUGCCAUGGCAGCUAAGACAUCAAGCACAGUAGCAAUUCCUGACGUGAGUCCCAGGGAAGCAUCAGGUAUUCCUACUCAUGCUAAUGCUGUGAAGAGGGAAACCGGGGUUAAGUCCAUAUCCAUUAGGGAUGUUGAGAAUGAAGGCAAGAAGCGACAUCUUGAAUCAUCACACCAGGUUGAAGGGCAGUCUGGUUCUAAAGUGAAACAGGACCUUGCUGAUUCUUCUGAGGUAAUGACCUCUGAAGCUGCAGAAGCUAAAUCUAUGCAAACUUCAUCAGGCUGUAAUGUGGUUGUGCCAGAAGCUGGCCAGGCAUCUUCAAAUGAUGAUAAUGUUGGUGCUGAGAGACCAACUCAUUCAGCUGAAGGUAGCAUUUUAGAUACCUAAUUGACAUUUAACUAAUUAUAUGAGCUUUAAGUAGAUCUAAACCUUGAAAGUGCCCUUGUUUAUUUACACCUUAGGACGGAAUCAUCAAUCAACUUUAUUGUGCAGCGAAUUAGAUGCGACAUUUACUUUCCCUGCCGUGACCAUGGUUUUGUUGUUAGCAUGAAAAAUUAUUUGCUAGAUGAGGGAUAUGAUAGAUGCAAUGGAGAACAUUUAUUCGCCACGGGG